GACAAAGAACAUAUCGCUGAAGAACAGAACGGGCAGCCACUGACCUCCGCGCCGCCGCCGCCGCCGCCCAUGGCGUCGCUGCUCCGCCUCCAGGCCCUCUCCCUGACGCUAACCUCUCCCCGCCGCCUCCCCUCCCGUAUCCUCCGUUCCGUAUCCCCGGUGUCUCCGCUCGCUCGCCGCCUCUCCGCCGCCGCCUCCCCGGAGCAGCGGGCCUCGGAAACGGAUUUGGAGUCAGGAUUGUAUCUAGUGGCGACACCCAUCGGGAACCUCGAAGAUAUCACCUUGAGGGCAUUGCGUGUUCUUAAAUGUGCUCAUGUGAUACUCUCUGAAGACACAAGGCAUUCGGGAAAGUUGCUUCAACAUUACAACAUCAAGACACCUCUUCUCAGCUUCCAUAAGUUCAACGAGCGUGAGAGAGAGCCCAGUAUCUUGAAGAGGCUCCAUGAAGGGGAAGCAGUUGCAGUGAUUAGUGAUGCUGGUACUCCAGGCAUCAGUGACCCUGGCAUGGAACUGGCUAGAGUAUGUGCCAGUGAAAAGAUCCCUGUUAUUCCCAUUCCUGGGCCUUCUGCCGCAAUCGCUGCUCUUUCUGCAUCGGGUUUGCCAACUGAUGAAUUCACAUUUGUGGGUUUUUUACCAAAGCAUGGUCGAUCAAGAAAAGUCAGGCUUGAGGUAUCUGCUCGUGAAGCUGCUACACAAAUAUUCUAUGUUCCUCCUCAUGGAAUUCAUCAAUUUCUUUCUGAUGCUGCUUCGUCUUUUGGUGAUUCAAGGCCAUGUGUUAUUGCAAGGGAGAUAACCAAAUUGCAUGAAGAGUUUUGGCGAGGAACUCUAGGUGAAGCAAAUGAAGCCUUCGCAACUCGACAGCCGAAGGGGGAAAUCACUUUGCUCAUAGAGGGAAACUCAAUUUCAGCUGAUGAAACUCCAUCUGAUGAUUUCCUUGAGCAUGAACUCAAAGAAAUGAUGGCAGAGGGGCAUGCUCUUUCAUCGGCGGUUAAAUUGGUGGCUGAAGCUACAUCGGCAAAGAAGAAAGAUGUUUAUGCACUAGCACUUAGGUUGUUUGGAAAAUGAGUAAAAGUGCAAUCCGUUUGCUUGUUCUGCUGCUUCUGCUAGCUUCUGCGCGCCAACUUACCGAGCAUACAAGGUUUUCUUUCUUGACGAUCUAAUCAUGCAAUCUACUGUUUCCCCAGUCUUGAAUAAUUUUCCAUGUUAUAUCGUGUUUAUCUGUCGAGGCGCUAGUAAUUGAAUUGGAUGUAAUUUUGGAUAAGGAGCUCCGUGUGGGGCAGUUCAAAUGCCUAUGACCUACCUACUGGUCCAUUUAGUCAUUUGGUUAAGCAGUAUUGGUAACAAUUCGGAAGCAAAUCAGAAGCAGUAUUGGUAACAAUUUGGAAGCAAUCAGAAGUAGCCAGCGUCAAUUAAUUUGGGCCGGAGGUAGUACUAGAUUUUUCACGUGAAGUUGCUGAGUAGAUGUAUUUUAAGGUGCGGCUCUUGCCCGUAGUUUGAGCUAUUUUCCAUUGGGUCGCUUUGAGUAGAGGUGUUUAUUUCGCUGCUUUGGUUGUGUAACAAAACUCUGUUAUUGUUUGCAUGUCAUCUAAACAAACCUGAUGGAGCUAUAUGUAUGUCCUGAAUA